CCGAGUGAGGUCAAGAACAGACGAACCGCUAGAAGUCAAAUUAUCUAUUGAAGCAUUUCCUCAACAUUCGUGACCAAUGAACUCUCCCAUUGGAUUGUGUGAUUUCCUUUCUUGAUUUUUUUUUUCCCCGCUCUUUUACGAUGGUCCGAGGAGAUGAAUCCCAGUUGCGAGAGGGUCAUUGAUUGAGGAAGGAGAUUGACAUCUGUUGAAACCAAGCAUUUUACUUAAAGAUUAGUGAGUCAGGAUUGACAGAAAUGGGUUACCAGAGAGACAAGAAACGAGAACAAGUCACGCUGGUGGUGCUGGGAGACCUGGGGCACUCCCCUCGGAUGAACUACCAUGCACUUUCACUCUCCGAAGAAGGGUUCGAGGUCAACCUUGUAGGCUUCGCUGGGUCCAAACCACAGAUUGAGGUUCUCAAGGAUGAACAUAUCACUCUCACAUAUAUGAGGCCUUCGCCUGCAGCUUUUGGCAAUCUGCCCAGGGUGCUAGCAUAUUUCAUGAAGGUCCUAUGGCAAGCCAUUAUCCUCUUCUUUACCUUGUUGACAAGCCCAAGGAGUAAAGUAUUGCUCAUGCAGAACCCACCUGGAAUUCCCACAAUGCCUGUAUGCUGGUUCUUUUGUAUCAUUACUAGGACCAAGUUUUUGAUUGACUGGCACAACUAUGGGUACACCAUUAUGGCUAUUAAUCUUCGACAGAAUCAUCCCCUGGUCUUUGUUUACAGUUUAUGUGAGAGAAUCUUUGGUAAACAGGCCCAUGGGGGAUUGUGUGUCACCAAAGCCAUGAAGAUUAACUUAGCACAGAAAUGGGGCAUCCAAAAGGUGACUGUGUUAUAUGACCGUCCAGCUGAUCGAUUCCAUCCAAUAUCACUCGAAGAGAAGCACAAUCUCUUCAUGAAACUUUCCACAACAUACUCAUGCUUUUCUGGUUCCUCACCUGACAAGACAGUAUUUACUGAAAGGUAUGCGGAUGGCCGUGUCAUAGAGUGCGAAGACAGGCCAGCUCUCUUGGUGUCUUCCACAAGUUGGACAGAGGAUGAAGACUUUUCUAUCCUGUUCCAUGCCCUGGAGGACUAUGAGGGUGUACGGCAUGAAUUCCCAGACCACUACCCUCCGCUUAUUGUGGUGGUGACGGGGAAGGGGCCAAUGAAAGAGUACUACACAUCCCUGGUGGCGGAACGAAUGUGGAUGCACGUAGCAGUCAUCACUCCCUGGAUGACUGCAGAGGACUAUCCAACCUUGCUGGCUGCUGCAGAUUUGGGUGUGUGCCUACACUACUCUUCUUCAGGCCUGGACCUUCCAAUGAAGGUGGUGGACAUGUUUGGCAGUCGUCUCCCCGUGGCAGCCAUUGACUACCCAGCUCUCCCGGAGCUGGUUAAACACAAUGAAAAUGGACUUAUCUUCAAGAAUAAGGAGGAGUUGGCCAACCUCCUGCAGGACUGGUUCCGAGGAUUCCCACGUGAGACAGCUAUAAAGGAGACAUACUAUGACUUCUAUAAAAACCUAGACGAGUUCCGCAAGCUCAAGUGGCAUCCGUGUUGGACAUGCAAUGCCCUGCCCCUCUUCUUGGAUGGGGUAUCAGGGCAGCAGAGACUCACGAAUUGAGACUAACAAGCUGAGGGCCUUGAGGUGGACCUUGCUUCAUUCAGUUCAUACCAAUAUUCAGGUGAUUUUAGAUAAGGCUUAUAGAAGUUCAGAUAGCUAGAGUAGCUCAUAUUUGUUGAGUAGUUUUUUGUUGUUGUUGUUGGCAAAUCUUUCUGUUAUGUUUUGCUAGAUGAAGUAUUUUUGAACCUUUGGAAGACUUUGCCCUAUGUUUGUAAUAUAUUUGGUGUUUUACUUUUAUAUAACAAACAAAUAUUUUUGAAUAUUAAUAUUUUCAUAAUACUUUUUUUAUUAUUAUUAUUUUUGGAAUACAUAACAGCUCAUACUCUGUGACAUUAACUUUUGACAAGAAAAGAAGUGUUAUUAGUAGUGAACCAUAUCAGUGUACAAAUGAAAUGCUAUUAUUCAAACCAGUACAUUGGCAUGCAUUUUGAGAAGAGGAAUAUAUAAAAGAAAAUAUUACAUGUACAAUUUUUUUUUUUUACUGUAAUAUCCAGAUACCUUUAACCGUGUGCCAUUUAAUUUUUCUUACCUCCCAAAGCCGAAGGUACUGUGUGAAGGAUUGGAUUUGAGAUUUUGCGGAGAGGUUGAUUUUUGUAAUGGCCUCUGCUGCAGGAAGGAUGAUACUGACCCUAGAAAAUGUCUAUAUUUUCAUGUGACAAACAUAGAAAAGGCACGAAUGAGGAUGAAUGACACGGCAGUAUAGAAUAUGUAAUUAAUAUUUUGAUGUUGCAUUUUCUUCAGACAGAUUUUAUUCUUAUGAAGAUGUAAUAUAAAAACAUCAGUUAUACAUCUUCCUAUUGGAGCUAUUUACUCUCGUGUCUAUUCGUCUUACAACUUGAAAAACAAACAGGAAAAGUAUGCAGUAUUGGAAGAAAUAAUUGGUUACAUAGAUGUCUACGUGUUUUUGAGAAUUUUCAAUGUGUGCUUCAAUUAUUUUUUGUCACCUCAAUUGAAACUGUUAUUAUCAAAAAGAAAAAAAUAGUUUGAACAGGGAAGAUAUGUAGAUACUGCAAAAAUAAAAGAAAUAAGUAUGUCUUUUCUCAAAA